UCAGAUAGCCUACCAGAGGGAAAGCGAUAAUGGCUGACUGACUGGGGUGGCUGGAUUGUAGGCAGCUUUCUCUUGAUCGCGGGGCUGCUGGCUGCUUGUCGGACCUGCUUCUUGUUGUCAUGUCGACGUCUACCUCCCCUGCUUUCGCACAGAUGCUGGCAGUACUAUCACUGUGAAAACAAUCACAACAUACUUGAAGCACAAAACAGCUGCAAGCCAGCAGACCUUUGCUUUGGCAUCUGAAUCACGUUCAUCAUGUCCAGAAGCAAAAGCGCCGAGUCAGUGAAGGUGGUGGUCCGCUGCCGGCCCAUGAACGAGAAGGAGCGUGCGGCUAACUACGAGAGGGUGGUGUCGGUCGACGUGAAACUUGGCCAAGUCGCUGUGCGGAAUCCCAGAGGAAGCUCCCCCCCUAAGGUUUUCACCUUUGACUCAGUCUACGACUGGAAUUCCAAGCAGGUAGACCUCUACGACGAGACCUUCAGGCCACUGGUGGACUCGGUGCUGCUGGGUUUCAAUGGUACCAUCUUCGCGUAUGGCCAGACCGGUACCGGUAAGACUUACACCAUGGAGGGUGUCCGCAAUGACCCCGAGAGGAGAGGCGUCAUCCCCAACUCGUUCGAGCACAUCUUUACGCACAUCUCGCGCUCGCAGAACCAGCAGUACCUGGUGCGUGCAUCCUACCUGGAGAUCUACCAGGAGGAGAUCCGUGACCUGCUGUCCAAGGACCAGUCCCGGAGGCUGGAGCUGAAGGAGCGUCCUGACACAGGUGUCUAUGUCAAGGACCUGUCAUCCUUCGUUACCAAAAGCGUGCGCGAGAUCGAACAUGUGAUGAAUGUGGGCAACCAGAACCGCUCGGUGGGUGCCACCAACAUGAACGAGCACAGCUCGCGCUCACACGCCAUCUUCGUCAUCACCAUCGAAUGCAGCGAGACGGGCGUGGACGGCGAGAACCACAUCCGCGUGGGCAAGCUCAAUCUGGUUGACCUGGCGGGCAGCGAGCGGCAGACCAAGACCGGUGCCCAGGGCGAGCGGCUGAAGGAGGCCACCAAGAUUAACCUCUCGCUCUCCGCCCUGGGCAAUGUCAUCUCGGCGCUGGUGGACGGCAGGAGCACGCACAUCCCGUACCGCGACUCCAAGCUCACGCGGCUGCUGCAGGACUCGCUGGGUGGGAACGCGCGCACCGUCAUGGUGGCCAACAUCGGGCCGGCCUCCUACAACGUGGAGGAGACGCUGACCACGCUGCGUUACUCCAACCGUGCCAAGAACAUCAAGAACAAGCCGCGCAUCAAUGAGGACCCCAAGGAUGCGCUGCUGCGUGAGUUCCAGGAGGAGAUCGCCCGGCUUAAGGCGCAGCUGGAAAAGAAAUCCGGCCGACGGAGGAGGAAGCGCAGACGCCGGAGGGGCGGCGAGGCCGGGGACGACGGCGCAGACGACGGAGAGGAGGACGACGACGACGAUGAUGAUGAUGAUGAUGAGGAAGAGGUGGACUCUGGGGCCGAGGGGGACAAGACUGACUACUGGCACGUCCAGCAGGAGAAGCUAGAGAAGGAGAAGAUGGCCAUUCUGGAGGACCACAGCCUGGUGGCGGAGGAGAAGCUACGGCUUCUCAAGGAGAAGGAGAGGAAGAUGGACGACUUGCACAGAGAGAAGGAGGCCAGCGAGCUGCUAUCUGCCAAAAUCAAGGCCAUGGAGAGUAAACUACUAGUUGGAGGAAAGAACAUUGUUGACCACACCAAUGAGCAGCAAAAGAUUCUAGAACUGAAACGAAAGGAGAUAGCGGAACAGAAACGGAGAGAGCGUGAGAUGCAGCAGCAGGUGGAGUGCCAAGACGAGGAGACGUUAGAGCUGAAGGAGACCUACAGCUCUCUCCAGCAGGAAGUGGACAUUAAGACCAAGAAGCUGAAAAAGCUCUUUGCCAAGCUGCAGGCAGUCAAGUCAGAGAUCCAGGAUAUCCAGGACUCGCACAUUAAAGAGAGGCAGGACCUGGAGCAGACCCAGAACGAGCUCACCAGAGAGCUCAAGCUCAAGACUCUGAUUAUGGAGAACUUCAUCCCCCUAGAGGAGAAGACCAAAAUCGAGAACAGGGCUUUCUUUGACGAGGAGGAUGAUUGCUGGAAACUUCGGCCUAUCACUCGAAUAGAGAAUGAUCAGAAGAUGAUGACGAGGCCUGUGUCUGCGGUGGGUUACCGGCGGCCGCUGAGUCAACAUGCUCGUCUGGCCAUGAUGAUGCAGCCAGAUGUCAGAUACCGGGCUGAGAAUAUCCUGCUGCUGGAGCUGGACAUGCCCGGCAGGACCACCAAGGAGUACGAAGAGCCCGUCAUUGCGCCCAAGGUGGCGGCAGCUGGAGGGCGCUUUUCUGCCCGGCGAGGCGAGAUCCAGGUGGGCCUUGGCCCCAGCGCUGGCAGCCUCGGUGCCAUCAGCCCCGGCUCAGUCGGCCCUGCAGGAGGCUCUGCCAAGAAACCCAAAUCAGGCCGUCCGAAAACCGGCAAGAAAGUGAGCACCCCCACGUCUGCACACAGCCCCUCCGCCGCGGGUCACAGCCCCCUCUACCCACAGUCCCGCGGGCUUGUGCCAAAGUGACCACCACCCCUGUGGACCACCCCCUCCCUGCCAUCCUUCCUAACCCUUUCCCCUGGCUUGGCAUUGGAUACUGGACUAUAAUGAAUGAUUCUACGGUUCUACCAACACCUCCCCCCCCUACCCUUCAAUAUCCCAAGCAAUCCCAACCUCCAACCCCUCCAAGACCUGUCUACUUCAUCUGUUGACCAACUACAUUUCUGGAGCCUGACAUGAUGUUAAUGACUCAUUGUGUGACCAACGAUACAUUUACCCCCAGACCCCCCUGAGUUCUACAUUAUCAGGUGUUCACAGCAUCCUUCUACUAACAAUGCAAUUUUAACCAAGAGCAAAAACACUAGCAAACUGGACCUCGCAGAAACCACCCUUCCCAUGAAGAAAAAGGGGCGAAGUGGGUGAUGGCAUCACUGUGAGACAGUGAUAUGUGGCACAAGUAGAAAGGAGGCCUUACUGUUCCCUCUCUGCUACAUGGAUUCUUCAGAAGUCUUGCUGUUAUUUUGCUGAACUUUAAAGAAACUGAAGACAUGCUGGCAUAUGUGUGGUCCUUACUUGAACAUAUAGGUCUGUUCUGUCAUGUCUUGUCAAUAUGUAUGUAUGUAUGUAUGUUUGCGGGUGUGUGUGUGUGUGUGUAUGUAUACAUUUUUGUGUGUAUUUGAGUGUAUGUUUCUAUCUGUGCGCUGUAAUUGACUCUUUGUUACAACUGAUGUGUAUGGGCAGCUGGUUUUUGGCAACAUGGCGUCAGGUGUCAAAUAUGGUGCUGUCACCGUGUACGCACGCAUCAAGGGGUGUGCUUUAGUGUUUGUGAGCUUCUCUUUUACAACUUCCAAUUUUAGGUUUACAAAUUUUAGCACCGGUAUGGAAAACUGAGUAGUAAGUUCAGAGGAGACACAAGCUUUAAAAACAGGCUUUCCUCUGAACUCGAGCAAGCCCUGCUGAUGAGUCUUAGCGACCAAGGCCUAUGACUGUGUGUGCGGCCAGCCUGACGUGUAAGCAGCGCCUGCACUCUGUCUGCCUGAGAAGGAAAAAAAAAAGAUAGGAGCCAAGGUGGACGAAAGGUGAACAAAGGUCAGUGCCAACCAAAAACAUCAGGGUUCCAAGGUGCCUUAGAGUCCCCACAACUUUUUAACAUUGUAGGAAGAAAAGAUUACACAGAAAAGAGAGUGGUUCUCUCUUGGGCCCUUUAAGUGUCCCUUGGAUGGAAAGAGAGAACUCCAAAUUGUUUGUAGUUGGGAAAAGGUUGGGUGUUUUAAAGAUGUAGCUUAGCUUAAUGGCAUUGGUCUGGUUUGAAUACUUGCUGGAAAUCUUUGGAGGGGCCAAGUAUAAUAAUGGAUAAUCACCCACCCCAAUCACCACUACCACUACUCAAGGUUAGAUAGUGGACUUCCUGGGUUCGGUGUAGCCUAUUGGCCCUUUCAAAAUCUCCGAUUGCUGUCCCCGCCACACCCUUCACAACCCCACAGUCCUGUACACAGAAUGCCCAGGGUUGUGCCACUGCUUGCUGUUACUGCUGCUGUAGGGAUCUCGUGCCCCAUCCCAUUUCACAAACCUAGCUUGCAGUAUACGUGUCUGUGUAAAGAGCUGUCUAUAGAGGAAUUAAUGCAGAAUUGUUUUUGUAAUUAAAAGAGAGAGAUUAAAAGACUAAAGCAAUAUUAGACGUCAUUAGAGAGGCUAAGUUAUUGCAAUACCACCUUCAUCCCUUUCAUGUACCAACAGUUGUAGAUAUGCUUUGUCUUGUUUUCUUUUUUUUUUAAUAGAUUCAGUUGUUUAUUUUUUGAUUUGUAUUAUUUAAAGUUGUGUAAAUUUAUUUUUGCAUUUUUUUUUAUCACCAAUUAAAUGUAUUUAAUACAGUUAUUUCAGUACAGUACAGUUAUUUCUACUAAGAAAUGCUUUGCUUUGCGACAGUCUUUUAACAUUUUGCAGAUGCACAACUUUGGUUGUGGGAAGAUCAUAUAAUUUAGACAUUAUUGAAUUGUGUGAGAGAAUGAGUGUGUUGAGGAUGAGGACAUUUUAUGUUUGCACAUGAAUUUUACAAAUAUUUAGACAAGAUGUCUAAAAGGCUUAAUAAGCCAAUGGUUUGUUUCUAAGGACCCCUAUGGACCAUAAAAUGCUAAAACACUACCUUACUCAGCAUGACUAAACUCAUUACUCUUCUUAUACUGGUGACACAAUGUGAAUGUUUCCAAUCAGAUUCCUGAAACACUACAUCCCAUGUAGGUAGUCAUAUCCACUGAAUUCAGACUGGUCUUAAAUCUUAAAUUAAUUAACAAAAAACCCAGGGAAGACCCCCCCCCCCAAUUGAUGUGAUAGGGCUGUUUUAGCCAACUUGGUGAUAAUGCUUAUCUCAGUGCUUGGCUAAGCAGGAAUGGAACAAUUUCAAUGUAUUUCAAUGUACCUGUUUCUUUUUUAAAAUUAAAGAAAACUUAUUAUCUA